AAGCAUCAUGUCCCGCUGAGCCCGUCUGUUGAGUCAAGCCAUGUGCCGACUUGCCAUGACUUUUACUCCGCAAUCACGGCCUAAAACCGGAGCGGCGAUCGCUCCGGAACCACCCAAACUGUACCAAACCGUGACUAACGAUUGCCGCUGGUGCCGCUGAUUAUCUUAUCUGAUCCGAUUCAUCUCCGCAUUGAGACCCUUUUAUUUACGCGGGCGGCAACCCUCUACCGAGAAACCGGAAGUGUGAACUGUAUUUGCACUCUUGCGUCUCAAGACUACGACACAGCACCUACACGUAUACUAUCUUGGUCUCAAUAUUUUUUCUUCUUUUUUCUCUCUUUUUUAUCCAAAUUUAACAACGACAAACACCAACAUGGCCAAAACAACUCUCUUCACCAACGGCCGCAUCUUCCUCUCCCCCCUCUCCCCCGGCCAAAACGCCGGCCUCCACACGCCCCCCUCCUUCGCCUCCGCUCUCCUCAUCCGCAACGACACCAUCCUCCACGUCGGCUCCCCGCAAGAUGAACCCAUCACCACCGCCCUUUCUUCAACAGAAAACGACAAAGUAGAAACCAUCGACCUAGCCGGCCACUCCCUCCUCCCCGGUUUCAUCGACGGCCACAUGCAUCUCAUGAUAAUGGGCCAGUCCCUGACCAAGCUCGACCUGGGCCCCUGCAAAUCUCUUUCCGACAUCCAAUCCACCAUCCGCUCCUACGCCGCUGCUAACCCCGAUGUGCCGAGGAUCUUGUGUCGCGGGUGGAUGCACUCCAUGACGCCCGACGGAGUCACAGCCAAGGACCUGGAUGGGUUAGACGUCGAGGGAAAAUACCGGCCGAUCCUGGUGGACACCAAGGAUUUACACUCGGCUUGGUGCAACACCGCCGGCAUUAAAGAUCUGGGCGCCGACGAGUGGAAGGAUGUUCCGGGGGGAACUAUUGAGAGGGAUGCGACGACGGGGAAAGUGACGGGUGUGUUCAACGAGGCGGCCAACAUCACGUACGUGUGGCCGUACCUGGCACGGGUGGCGACGGUGGAGGAAAGGGUUGCUGCUAUCCAGGCGGCCGUGGAGGCCUAUCAUUCCGUGGGGUACACGGGGGCGAUUGAUAUGGCCAUGGACGAGGGGGCGUGGGAUGCGUUGCAAGAACUAAGAAGACGGUCGUCGGACGGGAAGGAGGGCAUUCCGUUGCGGAUUGCGGCUUAUUGGUUGGUUAAGCCGGGGAAGAAUGACGAAGAAAACGUGAGGCAGGUGGAGAGGGCGAUUGAGCUUGCCAAGGAGUUCAACAGCGAGACGACGCCCGAUUGCAGGAUUGUCGGGGUCAAAGUUAUUUGUGAUGGCAUCAUUGACGCUUGCACGGCGGGCCUGUCGGAGCCGUACGAGCAUAAUGGGCAUAGGGAGGUGCCGCUUUGGACGGCGGAGCAGUUGGAGCCUGUGGUCAAGAGGGCAGAUGAGGCGGGACUGCAGGUGGCGUUGCAUGCGAUUGGGGAUGAGACGAUCAAGACGGUGUUGGACGUGUUGAUUGCGCACGCGAGCCCGGAGAGGAGGCCGCGCGUGGAGCACUUGGAGCUGUCGAGCGAGAGGGAUGCGGAACGGCUGGGUAAGGCGGGCAUCACGGCGUCGAUCCAGCCGGUGCAUGCGGACCCGGCGAUCCUGAGGGCGUGGCCCAAGUUGUUAGGGGCGCAUAGGUGUGGAAGGGCUUUUGCGUAUCGCGAGUUUGCGGAUCACGGGGCGCCGUUGGCGUUGGGAAGCGAUGCGCCGACGGCACCGCAUGCUCCGUUGCCUAAUGUGUAUGUCGGAACGACGAGGAGAUCGUACCGCGAGCCAGACUACCAGACGACGGUCAACCCGCACUUUGCUCUAGGAGUGGCUGAGGCAGUUGCUGCGGCGUCUCAGGGUGUGGCGUAUAGCUGUCGUGACGAGAACAGGAUAGGAAGACUGGAGAAGGGAAUGAAGGCCGACUUUACCAUCGUGGACAUGGAGUGGGAGAAGGAGAAGCUGAAGGAGGCAAAGGUCCUGGAAACGUGGUUUGCUGGCAAGAAGGUCUGGUCGGCAAAGAACUGAUGAAGAACAUCAGCGGGAUAUUGUCUUGUUUUUCG